AUGUUCCAGACUGUACAGGCCCCUGACGCUACUGAAUGGGACAAGGAAGUUGAGCUUUACAUGGGCGUUUGGGUCAGCGCUACGCGGUUGGCACGCGGCGGAUUCGUUCUGCAUAUGAUGAAACCAUAUCUACGUGUUGUAUCAGCCGCAGAUGGCAUUUGCUCAUUCUUCUCAGACAGCGAAACAUUUUUGAAUUCAAGGCAAGGAAAGCGUGAAGGUUUAAGCUUUCACUCGGCAAUAUAUUCUGCCGAGCUCCGGCCCAUAGUUACAUCGCGGGCUGCACGAGAUAUGUUCUGCUAG